AUGGCCCCGGCCGGCCAUAACGACAAGCUGGGCCUCAACCGUUCUGCAAUCGCUCCCUCGCCCACACUGACGAACCCGGACAUGAUACUCCCCUACGGCGGAGAACGAGAGGCUUCUACGCCCUCACCCCCCUUCGAGGCCCUCCAGAGAGCGGCGGAACACUCCAGGCUGCUUGCCAACAGCUAUUCGCUCAUGCAUCAGCGCAACACGUCUGCCUCGACGACGACGUCCUACGAUCGAAGCUCCUCUGGGCCAGACGAACCGAUGCACCACUACGCAGAUAGCUCGGUGGAAGGAUCCCCGCGAGUAAUAUAUUCUAGUGCAGGAAACGGCUAUACGAGAUCCCAUAUUUCAGAGAUAGAGAAUACGUUAAGGUCCCAUUCUAGACGACCAAGUAGGAACAACAACAACAACAUCAUCAACAACAGCAGUGUGGACAGUCUUGUAGAUCCCGGCUAUGGACUCGCUGCGAACGAUGGAGUGUCCAAACGGCAUUCGAAGCUUAAGGAGCUGCAGGACCUAUCGGAAGGUUUCUUCGAUCAGGAUAAGGUGCAUAUAGACGAAGAGCAGCCGGAUGCGCAGGCAGGCGCAGACGACCUGGGGGCCGUCAUCUUCGAACCGGAACACCGCAUUCUCCCCAUGGGCGCAAUAGCAGAAGAGGAUGAAGACGAUGAGGACAAGGACAAGGACGGGCACUCUGAAAAGGGGGGAGAAGUUGACGAUAUUGAGGAGCUUACUUCUAUGCUGGAGAAUGCAAAGCUGAAGCUGACGCAUAUGGAAGGCAAUCUAAACCGCGCAAGAACCUCGUUUCGCAUGACUCCGUCGCCCGCGCCGUCGUUGAAUCGUGCGUUUGGCAGUCCCGGCAGCUCGUACUAUAAGCCCCUCGCAAAGGGGGAGAGGCGGUCUCAAACAUCUCUUGCAGGAGCAUUACUGCGCCAAAGAGCUAACCAAGGCAUUGCCGGUAAUUUCUCUCAUCUUCGAGGGCAGAGUGAUCUAUACUCGCCCUCAUCACAAUCACAAAACCGUCUGUCAGGCACGAAUGGGCAAUUCAGGUCAUACAGUGCCCUCGGGUCCACAAGCGCCUCUGAGUACAGGACUGGCUUCUUCUCCCAGCCAGACGAGCCAUACGAUAAGGAACCAUCCGUCGAAGCCAACUCUCCAAGCCGUGAAAUCACCACUGACAUAUCAAGGUCACUUACACCUUCAAGGUCCCCAUCUAUUUCCAACGAACAAUCGCAGGCCUCUCCUCUUCUCAGCGGUGAUGCUAAGAGCUCGCCUUCGUCAUCAAAAUCUCAACCCUUGAUCAACCAACCUACCUCCAGCAGUCAGUCUACCACCCCACCAUCGCCCACAAACUCACAGAUUCAAAUGCGCGGUCUGCAGGGCCAGGUGGAUGGAUUAAGGUCGAAGCUUUCCACUCUCAAAGAAAGAACCCAGGAGGAAUCCAUACGAAGACGUAGCCAGCAAAGCCUGCGCACGCCUAGCCCGUUUACCGUAGCAGACCAAAGCUACGCCAAUCCACUCGAGUACCAAAGGCGAUCUUCAUACCCAGAGACACUGUCUAUUCCCAACUAUGACAAGCCACAGCCCUCACCUACACACAAUGAAGAUACACCAGAUACUACGAGUAAAGAUACUACGAGUAAACCAUCUCCAUCUCGGCCUGCUGAGGAAAAGAUUGUCAUGGAAGAAACUGUCCAGGAGUCCGUAGAAGAGCCCGUCGAAGAGCCUGAAGAAGAGCCCAUCAAAGGACCUGUUGGAGAAUUAAUUGAAGGGUCAGUUGAAGAGCCAGUGGAAGAAUCAGCCGAAGAGUUGGUUGAAGAGUCUGUUGAGGAUGCUGCUGCGAAGACAGAUGACAGCGAAUCCGAAUACUUUGGGUAUUCAGAUGAGGAAUCCGAACAUUCUGAAAUCGAUAGAGAAGCCCUUGAAGAGAUACUGCGAGAACCAUUGAGUAGUCCAACCGACACUCUAGACCAAGAGCUUUUGGAAGAGUUUCCUGCUGUCCCAGCCAUCCCAGAGACAAUUCGCCAUGAGGACCGAAUCGACGCUUUUGACUAUGAGCAUUUCAUUCUCCACAGCGCGUUGGGAACGUACACAGGCCGUUUGAAUCGUUCGGGCAGCUUUUGUUCUGUUGGAUCAGUUGAAACUACACGCCCAUCCAGCCUGGUCGAUGGACGGAAAAAGCCAAAAAACAAACCGUCUCUUUCAAGAGUAACUAGCAACGACUCGAUUUUAACAGAUGCAUCCUUUGCAACCGCUACUGAAGGAGACGAUGAAUAUGGCGAUACCGGUGUGCUAACCCGUCACCUCACUAAAGAUUCUCUAACAAUCCCCGCUCAUCAACAAUAUAACUGCAAUACCCCCAGCCCUCCCCGUACGAAAUCCACCUCAUCCACCCCCCGUGCCUAUAUAGAGCAAGAGAAUGCAACAAACGAUGAAAAAGCUGCAUUAUUAGCGUCAAUUCUGGAACUUAAGAGAGCUGCUGCUACUCCACCAACUCCAACCCUGCUUGUCAGGUCUAUUCUAUCCUCAGCAGCAAAUGAAAAAGCUAGCAGUGACUCUCGAACGUACUCUCCUCACAGCGAUACCCUAAGCGGUGCUGAUGCUGAACUUGUGGAAGCCGUCAUCCAAAGCCUAGGAAACGUGAGCCUCGAGCUCCUCCGAGCUUCAACCGCCGACUUUCAGUCUAAUAUUGAUAACCGGAUCGUGACCAUUUUACGACGCAGAUUGGAAGCUGCCCGAAGAAUAUUAGAUGGCGUAUCGCCAUUAGAAGCCAAUUCUUAA